UGGAAGUAGUAGCAGUACUCUAUUACUUUGGAACGAUUGGUACGCAAUCACAGCCAGUACAACAGAUUACUAACCAGAGACAUAGAGCACCACACCUGUGAGCAAACGAUAGUAACUCGUUAAGUGUGCGCAGCAUCCCGACCAUAUAUCUCAUUUGCUUCUGUUACUUGCUUCACUCAAGACGUGUGCUUUCAUUGUCUCCGGAGUCGUUUCCAGUAUAUCCUAAGUGGAUCGAUCGUCCACCCAUUCACAUCAAAUCCUCGUAUUGUAUAGCGAUAGUAACGGUAUCGUCAUGAUGUCCUAUCCGCUGCCCCACAUGAAGCCUGGUGCGCCAUACAGCGUCAACGGGAUCAGCUUAGCGUCGCCGAACGCCGUGGAGCUCAAUCAGCACCCAGCCAUGUACCCAGGUACCAUCAUUCACGGUAGAGCACCACUUCCUUUGCAUUAUUUCUGCAACCCACGAAAACAACGGCGUGAACGAACAACAUUCACUAGAGCUCAGUUAGAUAUUUUAGAAUCGUUGUUUGGCAAAACACGCUAUCCGGACAUAUUUAUGAGAGAAGAAGUCGCAUUGAAAAUUAAUUUACCCGAGUCUCGAGUUCAGGUGUGGUUUAAAAACAGGAGAGCAAAAUGUCGCCAACAGGAGCAACAGAAACAGAACGGUGGCCAAAAUGUCAACAAAAGCAGACCAACACACAAGAAAGGCUCCCCACCUCCCAGGGAUACCCCACCCACUACCACUACUAGCAUGUCUGCAAUGAGUACUAUGAGUUCAAUGACAGCGCCGUACAAAUCACCGGUGGUAUCAAACGGCAACGGUAUUUGGAGCCCGGCAUCAAUCCCGCCCCCAGUCAACGACCAUUUGUCGUCCAGCAGCAGCUGUAUGCAACGUUCAACGUACCCCAUGACCAACGCACAGUCGCCGGGCUAUUCGCAGAAUUACCAACCGUCAUCCUAUUUCGGCAAUAUCGAUUGCUCAUCAUACUUGCCACCAAUGCAGUUACCCGGCACAACACUAAAUCAAAUGAGCUCCAGCAGUAUGGCUGGUUCACAUAUGAGUUCAGCACCGUCACAAUUACAACCUUCCCACCAUAUGAACCCGGCGACACCAACGGGUAGCAUGGGCUCCAGCAUGGGCAUGCACAGUUCACUCUCCGCCGAUAGCUGCUUAGAAAGCAAAGAUCAUGGCUCGUCGUGGAAAUUUCAAGUAUUGUAGCCGAAUAGCAGAGCAUGUUAUCGGACUAAUUUUUUUUAAAAAAAAGACAUUUCAUCAUAAAUUUGCACUUGGCAAUCAACCACUUGUAGCUGACUGAUUUGUCUAAGAUGGAUCACGUUGAACCCUUUUUAUGAAUGACCAGGUGUUGCAUGCAAUAUCAUUAACUCAGUUGCUUGUAUUAAAUACUUUGUACAUCUGCCGAGGCAUCCACCUUUUCCUUUCAGUUUCCUCUUUUGUAUAAAUGAACGAGAUACACAUGUUACAGAACAACCUGAUUUAAUAGAUGACAUUUCAAUGUGAUAAGAUUCUGGUGAAUAAUUUCUAUUAAUGUAGAAACA